UUGUGUCAGCUGGUUGUGAAAGGCGUGGCUUACUAUAGUGACAGAGGCUGUACUUCCGGACCUACAGCCAUGGAUCAGAAGAUCCCGUAUGAUGACUAUCAGCUCCCGGUGGUUUUCCUGCCCUCCUAUGAAAACCCCCCAGCCUGGAUUGCACCCCAAGAUCGAAUCCACCACCCUGACUACAACAAUGAGCUGACCCAGUUCCUCCCUCGCACCAUUAUCCUGAAGAAGCCGCCGGGGGCACAGCUGGGUUUUAACAUCCGUGGGGGAAAGGCCUCUCAGCUAGGCAUCUUUAUCUCCAAGGUGGUCCCAGAUUCAGAUGCACACAGGGCAGGGCUCCAGGAGGGAGAUCAGGUCCUGUCAGUCAAUGAUGUGGACUUCCAGGACAUUGAGCACUCCAGGGCUGUGGAGAUUCUCAAGACGGCGAGAGAGAUUCUGAUGAGGGUGCGCUUCUUUCCCUACAACUACCAGAGACAGAAGGAGAGAACUGUCCACUAGAUGGCAUCAGAUCCCCUGCCAGUGCCUGUAUGAGUCACAGAAGAGUCAGAGUGGCCUUGGGGCGGGGAGGGGGUGGAGAGGAAGACACGUCAUUGGCACCUUCCCACAGACUAUAUCUCUUCUGUUUCAGCACAGUGAUGACUGGGCUGCCAUCCAUCACACAAAGAGAUGCACUCUGAGACACACACACACACACACAUACAUACAUACAAGCACUGAAAUGUUGACACACAGCUCUGCCCCCCACCCACUUAUGCACAAAGGUGCGCAGCCCCACCAGACAAUAGCAGAUGAACCAACGGGCCGGAUGUCCACGUUCAAUUUUAAUCACAUUAACUAAUGAAUAAAGAAAAGAUUUUGGACCUCUUGGAGAGAUAAAGACAGAGAGGCAGAGAAUGAAGCAGAGAUUGCCUCCCUUGGUCACUUUGAAGAACCGUCAGCGUGGGAGCACAGGCGUUCCGAUAUGAAUGUGUAAGCCCUGAUCCACAAGAACCUGACUCAUCACAGUAUGAACAUGACUCAGAGUAUAGCAGGAGCAGAAUUAUUUAUGAAGAUGUGAUAUUAAAAUAAAGGUUUUUAGGAAGCGACUGUGGAUGGGCAAAUUCAUAUGCAGAAACAAAGCUGGUAAUUCUCUGGAUCGUGAGGACAGUCAGUCAACAUGACUACAUGUCAGAUCUGUUCUAGGCCCUAAAAAAAUCCCUUUUACCACUUCUGCUGUCUCUUUAGGUUUUUGUGUAUGUACGGAUGUUGGAAUUGCAGGUGAACAAACCGAUGUCAUUGUUUAGAUUUUUAGCUUGUUUUUAGCUUUGAACAAAUGGGUCAUACAGGCAUCUUUAACUGUUGUCUGUAAUAAAGUAAUAAUGGUGCUGCUACUUACUAAAUAAGUAUGUACUCGUGGACUAAAGCAUGGACUAAAUAAUUAGUCAUUACACAUUAAGCAUUUCAAGUUUUGUUUGUGAACCACUAAGAUCUGAAUAUAGGCAAACCAGUGCAGAAAAAUACUAAACAUAAACCUGAACAAAUACGAUAUGUCAGCAAGCAGAGGUGUGCGCAACCCUCACUGUGAGGAAGGAGCAGAAAGCUGGCCAUUUUAAAAGCUAUUUGCAUGAAACACAAUGUAGCUUACACUCAGACAAGAUACAACACAUCUGAAGCCUUCCAUGAUCAUGUCACUGUUUUACAAAAUGCUGAUGCAAUAGAAUGCUAUCCAUUGAUUACUUUCCAUUCGAAAUGCCAUUCUUUACAUGCUCUUACAAUGUCAGAAUUUUUAUAUGGAAGGAUAUCGGUGCCACUCAAAAUGUUCCUAGUUUCUCCCAUCCAGGAGGAGGAGUGCUUUACAUUAGUUAGACAUGGCUUAAAUGUUUUAAAAGGUGUAGAUGUAUGAAACUGUAUCUGAUAGAACACCUCUGGAUUAGAAUCUGCAUUCACUGAGAAUCUGCCUCAUGGACUAGAAUCUGAGCAAUUAAACCUGUU